UUUGGUAAUGAAUUAAUAAUAGUUGUAUUAUUAAAUUCUAAUGAUUAGUAAUGUGCUCUUUGAAUGGAAGGUGACUGUGACACCUGGUGGGCCAACAGGUGAGUUCUACCUGCUCUGCUUCUAUAGGUGGACUGGUCCCGUGACGUCACUGUAAACAAACAUGGCGGACCGCUGGCGGCUCUGUAGCUAGCUCGUUUAACAUAAAACGUUUAUUUAAAACCGUCCUGCACGUGAACAAGUGCGCAUUUUAUAAAAGACGUAACUCUACGUCUCUUUAGUGUCUGUCGGACUCACGUGACGCGUCACCAGCAGCUGUUUGGAAUACGUGCUGACGUUUCAGCCGGGCUAGUUUAGCUAGGAGGUUACCAAGGCAACGUUAGCCAGCGGUUAGCUAGCUGUUAGCUCAGUUCAGGGCUGUCGUUGUUUUCUUUUCUAAAAGUUGGUGUUUCUUUACAACGUGUUGCGUCUUUGCGGUUGUCUUACACUCCGAAUCAAAGUACACUGUUCUCGUGUUUAAACGGUUUGAAGUAUUGUUAAAUAACUUUAUAUAUUAUUGAGCUGACAAACGCAACAUCCGUGAACUGCUAGAUUUGUUAACGGAGUUCGUUUUUUUUUUUUUUGCUUCAGUAUCUGCUUUUCGGCUUCUGCUAGUCAGGUGGAAGCUACAGCAAAGACCCAGACAGUGCCGGACGGUUCUCCAGGCGCAGUCCCGGGCCUGGUUCGGCUCCCGGACCUGUAAGCCGGCUGAUAGUGACCCGGGACAUGGAGCAGUACAGUAUUCUGGGUCGGGUGGGAGAAGGAGCCCACGGCAUCGUCUUCAAGGCCAAACACAUCGAGACGGGAGAGACGGUGGCUCUGAAGAAAGUGGCUCUGAGGAGGCUGGAGGACGGCAUCCCCAACCAGGCUCUGAGGGAGAUCAAGGCCCUGCAGGAGAUCGAGGACAACCAACACGUAGUGAAGCUGAAGGACGUCUUCCCUCACGGUAUGGGCUUCGUCCUGGUGUUCGACUUCAUGCUCUCUGACCUCUCUGAGGUCAUCAGGAACUCUCAGCGACCUCUGACCCCGGCUCAGGUCAAAGGUUACAUGAUGAUGCUGCUGAAGGGCGUGGCUUUUCUGCAUCACAACAACAUCAUGCACCGGGACCUGAAGCCAGCGAACCUCCUCAUCAGCUCUUCAGGUCACCUGAAGAUCGCAGACUUCGGUUUGGCCAGAUUGUUCAGUGAGCAGGGAGAGAGACUGUACAGCCACCAGGUGGCCACCAGGUGGUACAGAGCUCCUGAGCUGCUGUACGGAGCCAGGAAGUACGACGAGGGAGUCGACCUGUGGGCGGUGGGCUGUAUUUUCGGGGAGCUGUUGAACUCGUCUCCUCUGUUUCCUGGAGAGAACGACAUCGAACAGCUCUGCUGUGUCCUCAGAGUGCUGGGAACCCCGACACAAGAGAGCUGGCCUGAGAUCGUAGAGUUGCCAGAUUACAAUAAAAUCACCUUUAAGGAGAAUCCAGCGAUCCCAUUGGAGGAGAUCGUCCCGGACACGUCCCCUCAGGCCGUCCACCUGCUCUACAAGUUCCUGGUUUAUCCGUCCAAACAGCGCUGCUCCGCCAGACAGGUUAGCCCCGCCCCUUCACACACCUUCCUCCAAUCACCAAACAUGUCCCAUGAGGCCGAGUGGCUGACUGCUGCUAGUCACCAGUUCAUCAGUUCCUCCCACUGGUUGGACGACUCCAGCUGUCAAUCACUGAGCUCUGCUUAUAUCCCGCCUCCUCCUUCCUCAUCCUUAUAUGGUAAUCCUGCUCUGACUCCGCCCUCCACCUGCCUCCUCUCCUCAACACCUGGAUGGACCAGUUACUAUGGCAACCUUCACCCCGCCCCCUCUAGUGACUGGGCGGCACCUGGCAGUCUGUCAUGGGGGCGGGGCAGUGUACCAGAGCAGCGUGAGUGUGUGAGCUGUGGGACGAGCAGCGCCCCCCUGUGGAGGAGAGACGCUGCAGGUGCUCACCUGUGCAACAGCUGCAGCCUCCAACAGAAAACCAACAACAGACCACUGCUGAGACCAAAGAGGAGAGCGACUGUGACUCAGAGAAAAGGAACUCAGUGUGUGAACUGCUUAACUGCAACGACGACGCUGUGGAGGAGAAACUCUGCAGGAGAACCAGUCUGCAACGCCUGUGGGCUCUACUACAAACUACACCAGGUCAACAGGCCGCUGGCGAUGAAGAAAGACGGAAUCCAAACCAGAAACCGCAAAGUGACCAAUAAGAGCAAGAGGAGCAGGAAAUCUGACCAGUCAGAGACUAAACUGUCCAUGCUGGUCCCGCCCACUGAGGAGGCCAUGUUUCACUCCUUCUCUCAGCUGCCCUGCCACCUCCACACCUCCUCCUCCUCCUCCUCCUCCUCCUCUCUGCUGAACGUUUAAAACUUGUUUGUUUCACUUCAUUAAUAAACGUGUUGAAUCUUCCA